UGUUAUCAGGUCGAGACGACAUCAGAUGACAACAGUUUACACCAUAGAUGAUCGAGGUCUGUUUCCAGAAUCAAGAGCCUGCCAAGACAUGCACAGUGGGCCACUCUACGUGAGACCGUCAAUAAUGUUUGGAGGGGACGCUACCGGCCGUGUGCAGGCAGUUGUGGUGAAGAGAGGAGAAGGCACACCUGUUAGAACAUCGAGUCCUUCCGAUCAUCGAUCAGGCAUCCAGAGAAAUCAAGACAACCUUCUUCUGAUUAAGGGACGACCUUGUAGACCGGCCUGUUGGACUGGUGACGAGAGCGCCCCAUCAUGGCGUCCACGAGCGCCACCAUGCGGAGGAUGUUUGUCCUGCUGCUCCUGAUCUAUAUUGUAGAUUUUCGGGCUGAGGCUUUUUUGUUUUUCUGGCCACCAAACAAGCCAAACAAACCUAGCCACGGACCAACUCAAGAGGUACAAGGACAUGGACAAGAUAUAGCUGGCUACAAGGGCUGUUAUGUGGACGGCGGAAACCGUGUGUUCCCCCAUUCCUAUACGUUUUCGAAUAGCAUGACCACAGCCAUAUGCAAGGCCCAUUGCAAAAGGAACGGGUACGCCUAUGCAGGCACAGAGGCCGCAAAGGAGUGUUACUGUGGGACGGCGGCGGAGUUCGGCAACCUGCCCGGGUCCCGGCCUCCCUCCGAAUGCAACAUAAGGUGCGGAGGCAACAGGAAUGAGAUCUGUGGAGGACCAUGGCGGUUAUCAAUUUACUGGAUUGAAGGUGGGGGCGGGGGAGGCACUACGACAAAUACACACUACAGAGUGUACAACGAAGCAAAAACGUACUUCGAUGCCAAGAGGCGGUGCCAGCAGAAUGGUGGACAUCUUGCUGAUUUGAAAACACCUGCCAUCGCUGCCGUUGUUGCAAGACUGGUGGACAGUAGGAACGGCUAUUGGAUCGGCCUGAAUGAUAUCAACCAUGAGGGUGACUGGCGCUGGUCUGACGGUGUAUCACUGAGCAGUUGUAGCUACCAGAACUGGUACCCUGGGGAACCCAACAACAGUGGUAAUAACGAAGACUGUGUCCACCUGUUGGCCAACGAAGGUAUGAGGUGGAACGAUAACAGCUGCAAUGCGAGGAACUACUUCAUCUGUGAAACAGGCAAGUCCUUUCACAACUAUGGUGAGAAGACCAAGACCUUAAACUGCAGCUGUUGUUAA